GUGUGGCUGUGACGUCACCGUUCCCAGUCCGUUCUCUGUGGCUGAUGACAAUUUAACUGUUUGUUUACAUUCGUUUUUUGUCCUGUGAGGAAACAAUAUUAACAUUCGGUAUUAUUUGCUCAGUCGUUACGAAGCUAAAAGGAAUAAAAAGCACAGUCUAAACUGGAGGGACAAACGUGUAAAAGCGUGAGAUGAAAUGACAACGUCAACAUUACAGAAAGCCAUCGAUCUGGUCACCAAAGCCACAGAGGAGGACAAGGCCAAGAAUUAUGAGGAGGCUCUGAGACUGUACCAGCACGCUGUGGAAUAUUUUCUACAUGCAAUCAAGUAUGAGGCUCACAGUGAUAAAGCGAAGGAAAGUAUUAGGGGAAAGUGUAUGCAAUACCUGGAACGGGCAGAGAAGCUGAAGGCCUACCUAAGAAACAAGGACAAACAGGGCAAGAAACCUGUGAAGGAGACACAGAGCAAUGACAAGAGCGACAGUGAUAGUGAAGGCGAGAACCCAGAGAAGAAGAAACUGCAGGAACACCUGAUGGGUGCUAUAGUGAUUGAGAAGCCAAAUGUGAGCUGGAAUGAUGUAGCUGGACUGGAGGGAGCUAAAGAGGCACUGAAGGAAGCCGUAAUCCUGCCAAUCAAAUUCCCACAUCUGUUCACAGGUAAACGGACUCCAUGGAGAGGGAUCUUGCUGUUCGGACCUCCAGGUACAGGAAAGUCCUACCUGGCUAAAGCUGUUGCUACCGAGGCUAACAACUCCACCUUCUUCUCUGUUUCCUCAUCUGACCUCAUGUCCAAAUGGCUGGGGGAGAGUGAGAAAUUGGUGAGAAAUCUUUUUGAGCUUGCUCGUCAGCGUAAACCCUCCAUCAUCUUCAUCGACGAGGUGGACUCUCUGUGUGGCUCACGAAGUGAAAACGAGAGUGAAGCAGCUCGCAGGAUCAAAACUGAGUUCCUUGUUCAGAUGCAGGGUGUGGGGAAUAAUAACGACAAAGUCUUGGUUCUUGGGGCUACUAACAUCCCAUGGGUUCUAGAUGCAGCCAUCAGGAGAAGGUUUGAGAAACGAAUCUACAUCCCCCUACCAGAGGAGUCGGCUCGAGCUGCCAUGUUCCGUCUACAUUUAGGGAACACACCCCACAGCCUGAGUGAAGCUGACCUGCGCCAACUCGCUAACAAGACUGACGGCUACUCCGGUGCUGACAUCAGCGUCAUUGUCAGAGAUGCUCUCAUGCAGCCUGUACGCAAAGUGCAGUCUGCCACACACUUCAAGAAGGUACGAGGUCCAUCCCGUAGUAACCCCUCGGUGAUGGUGGAUGACUUGUUGACGCCAUGUUCCCCUGGUGACCCUGCUGCCAUUGAGAUGACCUGGAUGGAUGUGCCUGGGGACAAACUGCUGGAGCCCAUAGUGUGUAUGGCUGACAUGCUGCGCUCUCUGUCCACCACUCGGCCCACAGUGAACUCUGAAGAUCUGCUGAAGGUAAAGAAGUUCACCGAGGACUUCGGGCAGGAAGGCUAAGGAUCAGCAAAUACCUGCCCAUCAGUCACACACAAACUGCCCCUAUGGACUGAGCCCUGCAUUCUACCACCCUAAUAUGCCACUGUAUAGCUGGACUUCCUGUGUGCAGUGUUAAAAUGAAGGAGCGUUUACUUCUGCACAGUUUACGUGUGUGUGUGUGUGUGUGUGUGUGUGUGUGUGUGUGUGUGUGUGAGUGUGUGUGUGUGAGAGGGGGGGCCCUAGCUCUUAGUGUAUGUGGACUUACUGUGUGUAUUUAUAUGUGUAAACUAUCUCUCUCUCUCACACACACACACACAAAAUGCACUGCUUAAGCUCAGUAUUAAUUAUUUAUUUUCUUUCUCCCAUCAUUUCAGACUAUUAUUACAUUAUCAGCACUGAACAAAUACAUUGAUGAAGCAGUAUAAAUAAUAUCAAUAAUACAAACUUUUACCCCAAAUGUAGUUCUGCUAUGAUGCUAAUUUGGAGUGAAGUGAUUUUGGAAGAUGGUUCAGUUCUCAUUUAUAUUAGUCUAACUGUCUCUGGUCACUCCAGGAUGCUUUGCACUCUACACACUACUGACAGAACAGCUAUGGAUAAUUAACUGUCUGAAUUCAUUAAGUAAUUAAACCUGAAUAGAGAAAUGGAAA